AUGGUUUGGGUCAAACCCGAACAUCUUAUUCUUGCACAAUCAUUUUGGACGUGUGAAACGUCUAGUAAAUAUUUCAAAUUGCAAAGAAGAAAAGGGCAAGGAACACGCGGUUUAUCGGCGUUAUUGGUUGCCACAAUCGACUCAGUUUUUGACACAAGGCCGCCGCCGUUCAGAAUAAUAUACGAUUUUGAUAACGAUGAUGUACAUAUUUCAAUUGUAUUGGCUGUGGCUGUUGAAAAAAGAGAAAUCGAUGAACAUUGGGAUUACAUUCAAAAAAGAAUUGCCCCAGCUAUUGAUGGUAUUUCAUGCGAAAAGGACAUUCGAAAAUUCAUAAUCGGAAAAAUUGAAAGCCUUAUUAGUUGCUCUACCGAAAAUGUGCCCAUUCAUUCAGAAGAAUUAGAUCACGUUUCAACGCGAAGUUGUCUUGAUCGAUUUCACAAAUUAUUCACAAUUCCAUCUGACGAGAAGCUUGUAAAUUAUUAUAAAUGUUGCUAUUGGAAAGGAAAAGUGCCGAAUCAGGGAGACAUAUUCUUUUCUGUCAAUUUUCUCUGCUUCUACUCGUUCAUUAUUGGAAAUGAGACGAUCAUUAAAAUUAAAUGGACCGAUAUUUGUCGGCUCGAGCGCGUCUCGUCGAUUUUGCUUCCGCAGAGUUUGCUGAUUGUGACGAAAGAGGAGAAGAAGUACACGUUCUCGAUGUUCAUGAAUUUUGAGGAAACGUUUCAAUUAGCCACACAAUUGGCAAAUAUUGCCAUGAAACAGUUAAUCGAAGAGGAAGGAUUUUGCGAGGACAUCUCGCUUCGACGAAAAAUGUUGAUGGAAAGCGAGAAUACGCGAACGAAAAAAACGAAAAGCUCAUUUCUCAAACGCGAUCUCGAUGCGCGGUACCGAAGCGACGCCUACAGGUAG